GCGGCCCAGUUGUGCGGUGUGUGCAAUGCACAUCGGCGUCAGUUAACAACGCGCGCGCGCCGCUCCGAGUCCUCUGACCGCCGCCGCCGCCGCAGCGUGUCGACAUCCGUGUGCGUCGUACUCACUCAGCGCGUUCCCCGUGUGCCGUUCAGCGACGACGACAUGACAGACGUAAUGACCGGCUGCUGCUGUUACUGCUGCUGCCACUGCUGCUGAGGGCUGUUGCGCUGUGCCGUCGUGUCGCGAAGGCUGCACCGAUAAUCGCAUAGCGGCGAUGACGUCUUCCGUGGCGUCGAUGCGGCGUGAGCUCAGCAACGGGCCCGCCGCGCUGGUGGCCGUCGACGCCGCGCUGUCCACGGUUGUCAUCACCCCCGUGGUGGUCACCUAUUGGAGGAUCACUUGGAAGCUGAUGGACGUGUACUUGCUGCCGGGGCGCAAGGCGUGGAGUACCGCCGCGUCCGUGGCCAUCGGUUUCCUCGGGCUGUUCGUGUUCACGUUCUUCCAGCACCGGCUCAAGUGGUACCUGAAGCCCAGGAAACACACGGCCAUGUACUACGUCAUAUCCCGACUGUACACGGCCGCGUUUGCGUACUCGUGCAUAAACUCGUGGCGCGGCGUAUGGGACGCCAUGGACAUGCUGACCGGCACGCGGCCGUCCGUGGUCGCCACGUCCGUGGCCCUAGGCAUAUGCAGCUUGGCUUUCAUGAAGACCCUGCGCAACAUCGUCGCUCCCCCCAUAGCCAUACUGACCGAUAGCUACGACGGAUACUUCGAGGUGCCCACGCUGUUCCGCAUCGGAAUCAGAGACGGUACUGGGUCAUGGUUGUAUGUUUUGGACAGUUUUUUUAGUGUUUGUAUAAUCGGUUCACUUGUAGUCAUUGUUUGGCGAGGUGUUUGGAACCUAAUGGACCAGUAUCUAUACCCGAAAGACAUGAACACAACAGCGAUUUUGUCAUUGGUUAUCGGAUAUAGUGUAGUACUAACUGCUUUUGCAUUGCAACCUUUUGUUAAAAAGUUGGUUAACAAAGUUAGCGGUCUCAAACGAAUAUUAGCCGUGGAUGUUUACUUGCUGUUCUCAUUUUUUGGUGCAGUAAAUGUAUGGAGGGGUGUAUGGAUUAUGCUGGACGAACACUUUAUACCAGAUGCUCCAAUUACCAGUUAUUGGGUAUCACACAUUGCAUGUUUUGGUUUUCUUGUCUUAUUGAACUCAUCAAACUCGAUAUUAGUCCGUGGCGUUUACAUAGAUGCUGAAGAAGACGGUACACAAUGUGUCGAUUUCCCAUGUUAUUAUGUUCGACUUUUAGUUCAGAAGAGAAAACAGAGAAAACAAAAACGUGUUAAAGAAGAAGAAGAAGAAGAAGAAGAAGGCAAAGAAAUGAUGCCCGUGAAGGUUGAAGUGAAUGAGAAUUUCGAAAAAAUUUUAAUCACAGGUGAAAAUGGUAGCAUAACAAUGCUAAACGAAAUGAAAGAAACGUUGAACAGUGCUAAAAUCGUUUGACAUGACAUUAAUAAACAUUGAGGUUUGUACUUUUAGAUCUUUGAAUAUAAUCAUUUUCACAUCAAAGCCAAA